UAUCGCGAGAAUGACUCACGCCACGGAUACCUAAACUAGUUCCAUCUCACUCUCUCAUUCAUUCUUUCUCUACUUGCUACUGUAUUCGCUCAUUUACUCUUUAAUUUUUCAUGUUCCCUUCUGCCAAGGCUCUCUCUCUUCUUAUUUGGUCCUUGAUUAGGAUAAACUCUUUCUCUCUCACUAUAAUAUGAAUGAACUACCGCUGACUGCUCAUCUUCGGCUCUACUGCUCCUGCAAAGACCGGAAUUUUGGCCACCGCUUAGGGGAGGGGGGCUCCCCCUGCCCUGUGGCGUCCACGUGGUGGGCACGCCCCGCCUGAUCGGUAGGUGUGGAGGAGAGGGGGCACGUCCCUCGCCUUGCUGUGGGAAAACGCCGCGAGCCGGAGUUCCCACGCAACCUGAGCGAGCGCGUUCCUCUACUCUACUCAGCCAUCCCCGUAUAUAUCGCCUGCCCCUCCUCACCCAAAGCUCAGUCGGCCAAGUGACAUUAAGCGCUCAGCAUCGGCCGAGUCAACACGACAUCCUCGAUCUCUCGAUCAUCAUUCUCCUCGAUCUCUCGAUCAUCAUCCUUCUCCUCAACGACGAUGAGACCCGACACCCGCCCCCCGGGCGGCUACAUUGCUGCCGCCGCCUCCACCGACUAUGACGAUCAGCCCAUCUCCCGGACAUACCAGUAUAGAAAGGUGAUGAAGCCAAUGCUGGAACGGAAGCGACGCGCCCGCAUCAACCGCUGCCUGGACGAGCUGAAGGAGCUGAUGGUGUCAGCACUGCAGGCCGAGGGAGAGAACGUCAGCAAGCUGGAGAAGGCUGACAUCCUCGAGCUCACCGUCAGGCACCUGCAUAAGCUGCGCAGGCAUCACGCCCUGGUUGUGCCGGCGGCUGGCUCCGGCUACGCGGACCGCUUUCGGGCCGGCUUCACUCACUGUGCCACCGAAGUGUCGCAGUAUCUGGCGUCAGCCAUGCAGGCACCUGAGCCCGUCAUCGACCCCACGUCGGGGGUGAAGCUGCUGCAGCACCUGGGCACCUGCAUCCGACAGAUCGACACCGAGACUCUCCCGCGCCGCCCUGACGACGAGAGCCUCUACACCACGCCCCCCUCUUCGCCCUCCACACACAUCCUCGCCGCGCACCCGGAGAGCAGCUCGGCCGUGUGGAGGCCCUGGUAGGCACCCAACACACACACAACGCCGCAACCCUGGUGCUAUCUGCCAUUGCGAUACACUUCGUCGUUCCCAGUGCUACCCAGUGCCAAAGGUAUUCUUCAACUUAUCGUUUCAACUCGACUAAUAAUCAAAAACCAACCUCAUGUCUCAUCUACAUUUCUUCACUUAUUCUACGUCAUCCCACACAACAGACAUACAUUCUAUACCGAGUGGAAUAUAUAAAACAUUAUAUUUUUCACAGGUUUUCUUCUAAUGUUCAAAGUUACUGAUUCCGUUGUUAAAUUCACAUUAUAAACUGGAUUUAUUCAGUAAAUGAUGACAAUUAACAAAUAUUUACACUGCAGGAUCUGUUAUGAUAAUAAUUCAUGUUCAUUAUGUAGAAAUAUCAUUUUUAACACAUUGAUUACUGCCUUUGAAAAUCUGCUAUAAUGAUCAAGAAAGUAAUAUGUGAUUUAUCUAUUUCUUGUUGAUUCUUUUACUGUACUUUUCGUUUUUUGUUGAAAAAUCGUUGAAUUUCCGUUUUAAUUCUUAUUCUAUAUCUAUUCAUGUUAGGAACGUCUUGGUUUUUGGCAUUAUUUGAAAAUGAAGAUAGCAUUAAGGGAUUUCAAGUGCCUCACGUUUAUUGCAUAUGAGUACAACCUAGCUUCGUACUUGUGAAGACUGUAAAUAUUUUGUAAAUUUUGUAAGAUUUUACUUGUUAAGGUUCAUUACUUUGUUAAGUAUCAUAGAACGAAAUCCAGAGCUUCCGAAGUAUUUAUUUAUCUUGUUACUUAUUCAGCAUGAAUUUAUUAUUGAGACUUGACUUGAAGUCUUGAAAUAUGUUGAAUUUGAAUGUAUAACCAGAAAAUUAUUCAAUUGUGAUUCUUAAAUAUUUAAGGGAGCUUUUUCCAGUAUGAAUUGAGAGGAUAGUUACUUGUGACUGUUUAGAUGAUUAGUUGCAUCAUAUUGAGUUGGAAACCAGAUUUGAAAUCAUGAAUUUCCUGGCACAUAACUUGAAACAUGCAUGCUUUCUAAAAAUUCAAUGUAGAAAUUCUUGCUAGCAUGAUAAAACUUCUUGAAAAAUUUAAAGUAUUUAGAAUCAGUAGCAGUAGCUCAAUGAGUGAAAGUCAAUAUUAGUAAAACAUUUUUUUACGCAGCAUUACAAGAGAAGUAUAGAAAACAUCCCAACAUGCAUUGAAGCUACCUUAUUUUUUAUUACACUAGAGUACAGAAAAAGUCGCAUUAUAUAAUUCUAAGACAAUCGAUAUUUAGAGUAAUCUUACAUUUAUGUACAGUAAAAAUUAUGUCUGAAAUUUUUUACACAUUUUAAUAGAUUCCAAUCAAUCUUGUAGUUACGGUACUGCUUUGCAUUACCUAACCAAUAAUUGGUGAUAAAGAUAAACUAUAAAUGGAACUUAUUGUGACUUUUUCUAUUACUAGGAUCAAAGAAUCAUUUCGAACUGUUUUGAAGUAGUAACUGUUUUCGAACUGUUUUUCAUGGUCUUCAAGGAAGCCACGAUAUGAAGCAGAUUCAUAAAAUGUGUGCCUUAUGAAAUAAUGUUGAUCCAGUUAAGUUACUUGGUCUUGAAACAUGCAUAAACGAUAGACAUAUUAAAUACUUUAUUGUUCUAUGUUAUUUACAAUGUUAUAAAUAUUAUUGAAUUCUUAUUGAAUCAUACCAAAGUUUGAUGUAUUUCUAGAAAUUAAUACUGAUUAUGCUGUUUAUAUAGUUUAAUGUUCGCUGCUUUUGCUUUUUCUAUUGCAUAUUUUGAGGCUUUUGAAAUUAGUAGUUGCUUUGCUGUUAUGCUUUAUCGCUUUGCUUCAAGCUUAUUGUUUUGUUAGAUUUAUGUUGAGUCUUAUUUUUAAAAUUAGUUAUCCACUAUGUAUACAGAGAAUUCCAGUUCAUUACAUUCGACGUGUCUUCUUAUAAAUUAAGCUACGGUAACUGAAAAAAAACAUAUUAAUCUAUAAGAAGACCUGACUGACAUUGUAUGCACUUUCUCUGAAACUGUCAGGAAUUCCAACUCCUAUAUUUUAUGAUAUGAUCAGGAGAAAAAGAAGUUAUUAUUAUUAGAAGUAUUCAUGAAGUAUUGAUAGCAUUAUUUUGACUAAGCAUUAUGACAACCUAUUAUGCAUUUGAUGAACUGUAGCCUAUUCAUGUACUCGAAUUUUCCAAAUCUCUUAUCAUCAGCCGAAAUAGUUCCUAGGCUGUGGCAAACUUGAAUAUUUUGGUUUACAUUAUAAUGAAUAUUAUGUUCAUAAUACAUGAGAGAAAAGUCUCUUUUUGUACUUAAAAAUAUAUGCUUAUGAAAUAAGCCCAUCUUAUAAGACUAGACUUAUAAGCGGACGUAUUGUUAUUAUAGAAAUUUACCUAUUGAUUAUAUUUAUCUGUUGAUCAACUUUACAACUGUUUGACAAGUAUAUAGAGUCUAUAACUAGAAUAUUUUCAAACUUCAUUUUGCUAGAAGCUUGUUCAGAAAAUACAAAGAUUUUCCAAUAUUUUUCUGUUACUAAACACAUUCUUGGUGUAUCUUCAUGAAUUGGCUAAUAUUGCUGAACCAAACUCUUAUUGAAUAUAUUUUUUUCAAGAAUGUAAACGAAUCAAAGCUUCAUAAGAGUUUAUUCAAUAACUCAAUCAUAUCUUUCACUUUCCAAUACGCAAUCUCUGCACUACAAUUUAAAUGCUUUUAACAAACUUUAUGCUUUUAACAAUUUCAAGAGAGUUAACAAUCUGUACUUCAUGCAUUGCAUAGGUGAUGUAUGAAGCGGAAUAUAAAUUUCUGCUAGUCUGUGAUAGAUGCUACUGUUGAAAGUACCUGACUCUAUUCUGGUUAACAAUUGUGUUUUGUAAAUAUUAUAAGAAAAUUGUCAACUGUUGUACAUGUUUUUCAAUAUUUCCUUGUUGUGUUAUUGUAUGAAAGGACAGGAAUGUCAUUGACUUCUUUGUAUGUUGAGUUGAUGAAUAAAUUAUUUUUUAUUCUUGUAA